AUGGGCCUCAGGUCGUUCAUGAUAUUGGGGUUGCUCCCAUGGUUGCUCUCUGCUCACGUCUUGGGUGCCCGCCAGAGUGUGACUUGCGAUUUCACCGUAGCCGCCAGCAGCGGAGAUACUUGCACGACCUUUGCUGCCGAGUGGGGUCUGACAGAAGAGGGUUUUCAGGCACUGAAUCCUAGUGUUGCGUGCCCGACGACGUUGGUGGCCGGCCAGUCCUACUGUGUGUUAGGCACAGUCUCGUCAGUCACGUCGACCUCGCCCACCACCACCGCCACAUCCACGACUACCACCACGACUAAGCCCACGAUCACGUCCACGUUCACGUCCGCUACCAAGACGACAACCUCGUCUCCGCACGAGCCGACCCAGUCAGGCCUUGUCUCCAAUUGUAAUAACUUCUAUCUGGUCUCGUCAGGCGAUUCUUGUGCCGCAAUCGAGUCCAAAUUUGGGAUCAGCGCACAAGAAUUUGACUCUUGGAAUCCAUCAAUUAACUCUGACUGUACGAACCUCUUUCUCGGCUACUACGUCUGUGUUGGCGUCCCUGGGGCGACGACCACGACCACCGCCGCUACCAAGACGACAACCUCGUCUCCGCACGAGCCGACCCAGUCAGGCCUUGUCUCCAAUUGUAAUAACUUCUAUCUGGUCUCGUCAGGCGAUACUUGUGCCGCAAUCGAGUCCAAAUUUGGGAUCAGCGCGCAAGAAUUUGACUCUUGGAACCCAUCGAUUAACUCCGACUGUACCAACCUCUUUCUUGGAUACUAUGUCUGCGUCGGCGUUCCUGGGGCAGUGACGACGACGACGUCGCGGACGGCUACAUCUACUGCACCGUCUCCUGAAAUGCCCAGCAUCGUGAGCAACUGUAAGAAAUUCCAUUUAGUCAAGUCAGGGGACACCUGUGCCACUAUUGAGGCAGCUAGUAGCAUUACGAAAGCUCAGUUCGUCUCGUGGAAUCCGGCUGUCGACUCGGCUUGCGACAACUUAUGGUUGGGUUACUAUGUGUGUGUGGGUGUCUAAGUUGCUCUUGAAAUUGUAUUGCAGAUACAAAAAAGUCCCACUCAACCUAUGGAUACCUAUGCUAAUCUUUGGGGGAGGGUGGGGAUGUUAAAAGAUACUAUCGACGAUUUCAGCUGCAAGCGACAGGGAGUCGUCCUUUCGUCCAAUUUGCUAGAGCAACAUAUUGCACUAGUUUUUGCAAUACAAUUAUAUUACUAUUAUUAUUACACGGUUUGCAGCUAUCUAGGUUAUACAAUUUAUAUGCGUUUGUAGACCAUGGGGAAAACUCUGCCUCGUGAGGGUUGAAACCAUUGCUCCUUUGUCUGCCACCCUGAGGAAUACUACUACCCUAUUCAUG